AUGUCUGCAGGCACCCAGGCCACAACCACCCAUCAUGAGACUCGUCAGUUCCCUGGGAACUGCACGAUGGAGAUGGUCCUGAAGACCAUUGUGGAAGUCUACCACCGUUACAGCACCCGGGAGGGUGACUUCGACCUCCUCAACUUCAACGACUUCAAUACGCUGCUGACUGAGCAGGCACCGACCUUCCUCCAAGCUUGUGGCAGGAACAAUCGCGACUACCUGAAGAAGCUCUUCGAAGAGACAGACUUGAAUAAGGACAAAGAGCUGACUUUCGAGGAGUUCGCCAUCGUCUUGGCCAAGCUGGCCAAUGACGCCCACCAACUCAUCCACAAGGAAGACCGCUGUACACCAGACAAGGACUGA